AUGUCCACGAACGGAGCGCCCUCGGAAGACGCGACUCCCCCGACGACAAGCCUCCCUGAACUGGAUGUUUCGAAACUCCAUGCGCUUCCGACCGAGCAGCAGGAUCUGUAUCUCCUCAGUUUCGUAGCAGACCUUCGCGAUGCCGUCGCUAGUCUGUCAGCCGAGGCACUGCCUGCGCGACAGGCUGCCGUCAAGAAGGAAGUCAUCAAGAUCGUAGGAUUGGCAACUCCGGUCCCAUCAAGGGUAAUCAGAAAUGGUCUCGCAACGAUACUGGCGGACACGUUUGCGCGUGGCAGCCGCAGUCUCCUCUUCGAAACAAUCAACGACCUGGUGACCGUUCUUGGUGCGAGCAAGAUUGAUAAAGACUGGGGUCCGAAGCAUGUCGCUGUGGUCUGCAUGGGCAGUGUCUAUGAGGCUGCUGGAGAUAGUGCACCACGUCGCUUGAGAGCCUCGGUUUUUCGUGCCCUAGGUCAGGUCGUCAAGGGCACGAACCGUGGUCUUGACGAAACCACGGCACGCGAUAUUUGGAAGGCCGCACGUAGUGCUGCUGGAGGUGAUAAAGCCAUCCUGGUGCAGCGAGAUGCUUUUGAUUGCCUAUGGGCCCUCCUGACGUCCACAAGUUUCUUUGGCAACUCUACAGAUUUUGACCGGGUCGAAAAUCUGGUCUGGAAGGCUUUCGACUCGCCUGUGCCAGCUUUAAGGUAUGCUGCGGCCCGCGUGUUGAGCAGUGUGCUCACAGCUGCUCAUUCCGAGACCAACAACGUGGACGUGCCAGUGGUACGCAAGCCCAAGAAGUCCUCCAAGAAGCAAGGACCAUUGUCCGACGACAACGAGGACCCCGUCAGACCUGGCUCGCCAGCUCCAAUCGGCAAAGGGGCCGUGGCACUGUCAUUUACGCUCAGAGACAUGGUAAAGCUGCUCUCGACUCAUUUCGUUAGGCUGUCCAACCACGGCAAAGCUGGUAUCUGCCUCUGUAUGAAGAUGAUUCUCGCAGGCUUGCCAGUAACUGUGGUGGAGGAUAAUUUCGGUCGCAUCGCAGAAAGCCUGAUAGCUGAGACCGUUGAUCACCCCAGCAUGGGCUUCAAUCGACAUCGUGCAUUACUCACUCGGAAGUUGAUCCACGAGGUAUUGCAAAGUCGAAUUGCAUCACUGACGGAGAACACACAAAUCAAUACCGUGCGGUAUCUCAUCAACAGCACACUCAAGGACUAUCCCAAGGUGGUCGCAGAACGACGAGAGCCAUCCAAACGAGUGCUCACCGCUACUUUGGAGCUGUUGUAUACGCUUCUAAAGUCACUUGGUUCAGCAGUCGCCAUACUGCAAGACUCCUGCCGCGAUGCGUUGUGCCAGGUGAUGCAACAUCCGAGCCACACUGUUCAAAGCUACGGCGCUCAAUGCUUCAAGGCUUUUGUGCUUUGCUGUCCCGUGCAGCUCAUCCCGACGAUCGAGAUCUUGGUUGACAGGCUCCGGAAAGCUCUUGAGACUCCCGCAGAGAACAGACAGAGCCUGAGAGCAUGUACUGGUUACGCUCUUAGUGUAGCUGCGAUGUUGCACUCUGCAAACAGCAAGCCAGUUUUCGGUUCGGUUCGGCUAUACUCAGAUGUCCUCACUUUCGCCCAAGAGCUGCUGAAGAAGAGUGCAACAGCUGAGCUGCGGCUCUCGGCGACGCAGCUACAGGUGGCUUGGACCCUGUUAGGCGGUCUGAUGAAUCUCGGACCCAGCUUCAUCAAGGUGCAUUUAGGUCAACUGCUUCUGCUAUGGCGGAAUGCUUUACCACCUCCAUUGACCCCAGACAACGCAGCUCAAAGAAGCCAGCUCGAGUUGAGCUUCUUAUGCCAUGUACGAGAAUGUGCUCUGAGUGGCCUGCUUUCGUUCAUCGAACCAUGUGGAGUAUUGAUCACCACCGAUGGCACGAGGCGUAUAGCAGCCAUGCUCCAGAACACCGUGAACUUCUUGGCCAUCAUACCAGCUAGUCGAUCCUCUUCAGAGCUUUCUCAUCGCCUCGUACCAGCUCUCCAACUGCAGGAUAUGACGAUCAUGCUUCGUCGUCGGGUCUUACAAUGCUAUGCGGCUCUGAUCGGCCUCAAAAACGUCGAGAUCAGCGACGUCUUGGCUCAGUCUGAUGUCGUCGGCCUGAGCUUACAAGCAUUCACAUCACCCCAAAGAUCAAGUUCCGGCUCCUCCCUGGAAGUGUCUUUGACCACGUCGGCUAGCAAUUUUGACGGCUUGUGGGAAUCUGGUGAUAACUGGGCACACGGAGUCAGCAGUCUCAUGGCCGGUCUUGAGAUAUCGUACCCUAGUGCGAAGGGGUUCAGCCCUCGUCCGACCACGAUGAUGAGCUCCGAAGAACAGGACACUUUGCUUGAGAGACUGCCCGCACAGCCGUCUCUGCCUGCAUUAGAACAUGAUUCGGCCAUCUUGUUUCGAUUAGAGCAGCAGUCUGAUGCAGUGGAAACGGUAGGUCCUUCCACUGCUUGCGUGGAUGCUGGGAUCAAGCUGUUCUCAAUGGUCUACUCUUCUCAAUCAUCCCGAGUGCAGGAGAGCUCCAUGGAGCAGCUCGCAGCAGUGGUCAAUCAGACUUCUCGUGAGCCGGGGCGUAAAGCUGCCCUGACUGUCAAUUCGACGUUAGCAAUUCUCAUGGCACUGUCCAUCAGCAACGGGGACACGUCAUUCUCCACGGGCCAGAUACACUUGCACAGUAUUGGCAAAACAUUAGGAGAUGUACUGCGAUCUCGAUUGGGCGAUCCGGACUACAGAGUCCGCGCAGCUGCGGCUCGUGCCUUGGGUAUUGCCUGCAAUCUUGGUGGGACACAAUUCACGAACAACGAGGUCAAGGCGUUGAUUGAUCGUAUCGUUGCCGACCGCGACCCACACCUUCGAGCUGGGUGUGCUCUUGCUCUUGGCAGCAUACACAGUGAGGUCGGGGCGAUGGCAUCGAGCCUACAUAUUAAGUCCAUCAUCAGCGUCCUUCUCUCGCUAUGCAAUGAUUCCCACCCAGUCGUCCAUUUCUGGGCACUGCGAGGCCUCACACAAGUCGCCGAGUCAGCUGGGUUGAGUUUCUCUGCCUAUGCUGCCAGCACCCUCGGUAUGCUUGCCCAACUAUACUCGAAUGACAAUCAUAACCUCGAGUCUGGCUCGCAGUCAACGUCUGCACUCGAAUUGGAGUUUUCCACCCCUCUGGCAAUUGGCCAAAACAUCGAAUCAAUCGUCAACGUGCUUGGCCCGGAUCUGCAAGAUGUAUCGAAACCGCGCCAGAUGAUCCUGACACUGUUACGAUAUUUCGAAAAGGAGACAUCGCCAAAAUUACGCCAACAAAGUCUGGUGUGCUUUGGUCACUUGUACAUGUACGCGCCCGCACAUGUACAAUUUGCUCAAUACGUCCAUGAUCUGGAACGGGACCUUGUGGCUCAGGAUCCUUGGCUUGCUAGCACAGCGCUGUCAGGCAUCAGUAAUCUGAUCAAACGGAAUGCCAAUGAGGUGACUCGCGUUGCAAGCAGCAAGUUGAAUGACGACCUGUGGGCCCUUGUUGACCAGGACUGCUCAAAUCUGGUUCCACAGUCCACCCUCCGAAGUUGGAUGCAGCAAACAAUGAUGUCCGGCCCUGGCGACUGGGUAGAGAGGUGCCAAAACAUUCUUUCUAGGACGCGCGUCACGGAGAAGAAUCUGAAGCGCGCCAAUACCGUCAAGACAGCUACGUCUAUGCCCGAUCUUGCGGAUGAAGAGGUUGCAGGCUUCGCUGCUGCUGUUCAAGGGGAUGCACCCGACGCAGCUGCAGAGAAUCAAGAUUUUCUCCACUGGCAGACCCGAAAUUUUGCGAUGGAACUGCUCAGUGAGUCACUCCAGCUUGUACAGGCUGCUAUGUCCCCCGAUCACAGUAUACCGGCCGAGGAGGAGCUGUAUGGCAAGAUUUCUGACAUUAUCCGCAUUGCUUUCUCCGCUUCCACCGCCAACGUCGUGGAACUUCGUGUCUGGGGCCUGCGAAUCAUCGAUCAGGUGCUCAAGAUGUUUGGCAAAACUCCCGACCCAGACUUUCUUGAAGCAUCCCUCCUUGAGCAAUAUCAGGCACAAAUUGGAUCGGCCUUGACUCCCGCCUUCGCUGCAGAUUCGUCGCCCGAACUGGCCGCCGAAGCUAUCGCCGUUUGCGCGACUUUCGCGGCUACAGGCAUCGUUACAACAGCGGACAGAAUGGGCCGCAUCUUCAAAGUGCUUGCAAACGGCGUAGACAACCUUGCAUCUCCGGAUCCCGAACCCUCCAUCGGGGACCUCAAGAACUUGACUCCGAACGCUCAAUCGUUGCUAAAAAUGGCGCUUCUGACGAGCUGGGCACAACUCCAGCUGGCGAGCAUAGAGCAAAGUUAUCUGGAGGAGAUCGUACGACCAUACAUUACCAAAUUGGCUCCGCUUUGGGUCAAUGCUCUGCAAGAGUUCGCUCGUCUGAGGUUUGAGCCUGAGAUAUCAGAUACCCUUGGCAUUGACACUUCAGCUCCCGAUCUCGACGAAAGAUAUGCCGCCUUCAACCGUGUCGUCCGUCUGAGCUUCUACCAAGGUAGCUGGCUGAGCAUUGUGAACGCUAUCUCCGUUUCAGUGGAAAAGGAUAGCGAUGCUGUCUUUGGCGCUCUUGACAACAAAAGAACGUCACAGCAUGGCGCCAACGGAGAUGUGGGCGCAGGCAAAGACAUGAGUUUCAGGGAAGAGCCGGUCGCAUUCUUCUUCAUCUUGUUCGGGCUAGCCUUCGAGUCUCUCGUCACACGCGGACGAGAAGACCCGUCCCAAGCUCUUCUGAUUCUGCAAGCGUUGCGCAAAAUUCUGACACCUUCUGUCUCCGGCAGUGCAAUCUAUCAGGAGGCAGUGUUCAAUGAAACGACCGAUACCCUCGAUAGGCUUGCUCUGACCAGUACAACAUCGACCCAAUCAACCCUGAUUGACAUUGCAAGGAAUCUAUCUCUAGAUCACCCAUCUGCCAAAGCAGCCCACGAUCGGGACGAGAAGCUUUCGGACGACAUCGAGCAGCUCUUCGAGCUAACCAGGAUAAUGGUACUGGUCCUGCCAGGUCUCAUCCCGACACUAGAAGAUCCUCCCGGUCAGGCUAUCCGCAAGCUACAAGCCGAAAACAUUUCGCUGGUCCAGUCGUCAUUCUCGGCGCUAGUGGAAGUCGCAGAGGUGUUCCCGGCAAUCAUCAGGGCGGAUUUGCACGCAUGCAUCUUCUACUGCUAUUGCACCAUGCUCGCGACUGGCAUCUGCCAAGAAGAAGUUAUGCCCGCACUGCUAUCAAGUUUCCGAGACUUCCUGCAGAUCGUGACGAAGCCGGGUCAGAAAGCAUCGGCGCUCGUUAGGGGUUGUCUGUCCCAGAUCCUGGUCACGCUCUCUAUCGCACAGCGCAGAGAGAACGACUUCUCCCUAACAGCUGCGAAAAAUUGUUUGCUCUCGGUAACGGUCAUUCUUACGACAGCUGGAGGUACCAUAACAGGCAACGACAGACUGAUCGGCCAGGCGGUUGCUGAGAUCAUGGACUGCCUACAGGACGUCGGAUUGGCAAAGAUCGCCGUCAAUUGCAUCCGUACUCUAUUACAAGCCAGCAAAACCGCCUGCGAUGAAGCAGCGAGUCGGAUGCUCUGGCCGCAACUAAUCACUUUUGUAUGCGAUCAAGACAGAGAGGACCCUGAGACUGUCCGGCCGAUUAUCUUGCAUGGACUCGUUACAUCAGUGCCCACUCUGCCUGUAGGCCAGCGUCAGCCUGCGCUGGCAAUCCUGGUCACAGUCCUUCUUCAUCGUGCUGAGAACAUACCUGUGGGUGAGAAGAAGAGUGCGGUGACGAAGGAGGUGGCGUCCAGAUUACUCGAGCUUGUAAGCGCCGAUCCAAUUGGGUUUCGAGCAACCGUGGCGCUGCUCGAUGACGCUCGGAGAGCAUUGCUGGAGAAUCUGCUCCGAAGCACGGAUUCGGGACGGAGGCAUUCUGCUCAGGGAUUAGAGGACACUGCUGAGAGCAAAGCACCUGCCAUUGAGCUGAGACUAGACUUUUGA